UUUGGUAUAUAAGUAUAUAACCAAUUGACAGAUGUCUACGUGAUGACAUAUAACUGAUAGUGAUUGGUAUCUUUAUAUAUACAUAUUUUUCUCUAAAUUCCAAGAUGUUUUGUUAAUUAUAUUUUAAAUUAACAUCCGAAUUUUUAAUAAGAAGAUGCAGAACUAUAAAAAGGUUAAAAGAAGGCCAUGUUCGGGUUCAUUCUUCGAACCCUAGUGCAGUGCGAAGCCUUAACAUGCAUCACAUAAAGAAUCCAAAUUCGAAUUAAUAAUAAGAUCCCAAAAAUAUAAUUUCAUUUUAUUUAUAAAUGAGAAAGGAACAAGUCUUAAUGAUAAUGGACAAUUUUCUAUGAUAAAAAAGAAAAAUGCUACAUUUGACAAUUUGCUAUGAGAAGAAAAACACCUGUCAUGCACCACCAAUGUCACAUUCAUAUGCAUGAAACCGUACCAUAUUACAUUUGACUCUAUUUUUUAGAUUUAUGUCUAUAAAUAAUAUUUCAUUCUUCGUCUCCCAUAUCAUCUCUCUAUAUAAUAUCCACCUCACAUUAACACUCAUCCAAAAAUAGCUAUACAUAACAACACAAAACUCAAGAACAAUAUCUUCGUCACUUGAUCAAUACAUCGUUGUCCAACCAGUCUAAGUAACCUACGGGCUACGGCAACAACAUUACACCAUGGUGAAACAAGAACCUAAGAUCCAAACCAGCUCCAAGAAGGACAUGUCUUUGACUUCACCAUCUCAUUCUUCAUCUUCGUCUUCGUGUAAGAGCAAGAGCAAGAAGAAUAAGAUUAAGAAGUACAAAGGAGUGAGGAUGAGAAGUUGGGGAUCAUGGGUGUCUGAGAUUAGGGCACCAAACCAAAAGACAAGGAUUUGGCUAGGCUCUUACUCAACAGCUGAGGCAGCAGCUAGGGCUUACGAUGUUGCACUCUUGUGUAUCAAAGGCCCUCAAGCCAAUCUCAACUUCCCCACUUCUUAUUCUUCUUCUCGUUUUCUAUUAGACGAAAGUACCAUUUUGUCCCCGAAAUCUAUCAAAAGAAUUGCCGCUCAAGCUGCCAACAACUCAUUCGACUUUUUUUCCCCUUGUAUUUCGUCAGCCGUCUCGUCACCCCCCGAUCAUGAUCAGCAUCAUGAUGAUGAUGUGAUGCAGUCUUUGAUAGGGCCUUUCGUGGACUGUCGUGUGUCUUUGAUGGAUACAUCAUCAUCAUGGUAUGAAAUGCUAUUCUUCGGUGAUGGAGCUCCGUUUGAUUACUACCCUGAACUGAAUUCGACUAUGAAUAUGGUCGAUGAGUACUUCUACGAAGAUGCUGAUAUUCCGCUUUGGAGUUUCAGUUGAUCCGACGGUUCAGACUAUAUAUAUUUUUAUCAUUUUAAAAUUUUUAUAAUAUAUUACUUAGUUUACCCUUGUGUAGUUAUACUUUUUCAAAUUCUUUGUUGCUUGGAGAGAAUUGACGAUGGAUAUGAUAACUGACUGUAAUAUAAUUGAAGCUUUAUUUUAUAUAUCAAUAUUGGGACCUAUCAAAUUUUUAAUUUGCGGUGAUUUAAUAGGUGCCUAGGAAAAUCACUUGAACAAGAUGCAAUUUCUGUCACUUUUUGACAUUUCUCAUGUGAAUUUUCCUUUUAAAUCAAUGGUAAUAACAAUAAAGAAUAUAGUGUGUUGUAUUGUAUAUGAAUUUUUCCGUAUGUUUAUGAAAUAAAUCAGAUUUUGUUUCAUUUUUCAACUGGUUCACGUGUAUAUGAUAUGGCCCGAGUAUCGACCUGAUUUUUCUAAUCCAGCACAUUACCUUUGCUUUGAAAUUCUGAUUUAGUAACAAGAAACAGUUAAUAAUUAUAAAAGUCUUAACAUAAUAAGAUCAUUAUAUUCUAUUUUAAUUUUAACGCAAUAAGAUCAUUUAUAUGUGAGCAAAACUUUCUGGAUCGAUGUCUCUCUUACUAAUUAUUUAGUUGUUUGAUUAAAUAUUAUUAUGAAUAGUGUACUAUAUUCAGAGGAAUCUUACUGUUUCAUGUGCUUUGAAAAUGUUUGGUAUAGCAAAUAAUGCACACAUUUCUUGGGCAAAAAGUUCAUAUAUCUUUAAAACUUGAACUAUAUAUAAAACAAUGUAAUAGGGGGUCAAGUGACCCCCUUCUUCAAAGCUUCCUCCGCUCCUGAGUGGAUAUGUAUUCCGAUCGUAUUCAAUGAAUCUAAGAUUAUACGAAUACCAAAUAUAUGCAUAAACAAAUACAUGAUGUGAGUAAAUUAUGAUAUAUGUUGGCUUUAAAACUUAAUACAACAAAAGUAUUGAAGAUAUAUAAUAGAAGGACAUUAUUCAGUGGGUUUUUCUUUUUCAUAUUUAGAUCACGGGAUCCCAUACUUAAAAAUAUAUAUAUAACGUGAUUUAAUAACACAUUCAUACGAUUCUUAACUUUGUAGAUUGUAUCACAGGCAGUGCCGGCCCUGGGGUAAAGCGCAAGAAGCAGGUGCUUCAGGCGCCACAAUCUAUUAUAUUUUAUGGGCGCCAAAACCAUGUAAGUUCCUUUGGUAAGGUGGUUGUGUGUUUGAAAAUUUUAACCGCAGGUGGCGGAUUCGAUUGUCAGCUUAUCCAAUCUUACUUUCAUUUCUGCCCUUUGAAUAAUUUAAAAGAUUUUGGACAUGAUAUUUAACAGAUUCGACCAUCAAUUCUUAUUUCCUUUUCUAACAACUGUCUAUAUUUUUGGAGUACAUAAUAUAUCACAAAUACCUAAUUAAAUAAAUUUUUGUUUUAAAUAAAAUCAAUUACAUUUACGAUUGAGACAUUGAUAACUUGAUAACUCGUUUUAGGGAAAACCAUAUAUUUUAUUUUAUUUUUUCAAUUUGCUACGGCCAUUAAAUUAUCUUUUGUUAUUAAUCUCUAAAGUUUUGACUUUUCUUAUAUAUAUUUUCUCUUGCUUUUUUUUCGCUAUAUCUUUUGUAAAACUUUAUAGUUUUUUUUUUAAUUUCUAAAACCAUAUAAAAUUUUAUUAUAAAUUUUAUUUUAAUGGCUGAUAAGAAUUUUAUUAUUAUGAUUAAUGGGGCAAUAAUUUUUAAUUCGCUUUAGGCGCCAAAUGCACCCGGACCGGCACUGAUCACAGGGACAUCUAAACUCAGUUACUAGGACUAGACAAUGAAGCCGUAUGAUUUGUCUCCUGCUCAAUACUCUUUCCUGAUCUGGGCUGCAGCGUACAUGGACAUUUUGUGUCCCAUUACCGAUUUUGUACCCACCUUUACGAAUAUUUGAAGACCACAAACAUUGUUUUCAAAUAGAAAUAUGUUAUUUUUAUAGUUUCUUUAACUAUUAUUUUUACUAGUUUCUCUAAUUUUUUGUAGAAAUAUUAAUCUUUAAAGGCCUAUAGUUGAUGUUAUUUUGUUCGGACAAAGCUAAAAUUCGCUUACCAAGCCAAGAGACUCGAAUUCGAAAGGACAGAGUAUGCGUGUACACACUUCUAAGAUUAUAUACUGUUCGGAUCAUUGCUUCUUUGCUUGAAACUUCCUCAGUUUUGUGCUCACUUGAAAUUGCUAUGCUUAGAAAGUUACUAUCCCUUUUUACCAAAAAAAAAAUAUCAUCUUUAAACUUUUUAAUAAAAAAAUAUAUUAGACUUAUGCCUAUCAAAUCUUUUCUCAGUAUUAGAGUAAAGGGAUAAUUAGUCAAUUACCCAUAUUAGAAGUCUAUAUUUGAAGUUUGUCCAUAAUGAGACACAUCCAGUCCAACCUAUACAAUUAGAGAGAUGAACUUACAAAGGUGCCCUUCCGUAGCAGCACUCCUGCAACUCAUUCUGACAGUCUCUCUCCUCUGCAGUUCUCCCAGCCAUUCUUUCUCCCUUCUCUUUCUUCUUUCUUACUCUCAUUCUCUCUUUUUUUUUUUCUAUUUCUCUUCAUUUCUUUCUCUUUCUUUGAAUGUCUUUGCUGAUCCAUCAUAUUUAAAACAAGAUACAUAAAAUUUUAGAUGCCAAUAUCUUGAAAUUUCAACGAAAUCCAAAGAUGAUCUGAUACCAAAUUUUGAUAAGACUAGUAAAAUUUAUGAUAGUGAUUCUAUUGAUGAUGAAAAUUAGUAAUUUUUAUAUAUCUUUUAUUUACAUUUAGAACGCAUGUGUUACCAUUUUUGGGUAUGGUGUAUUAUCAUAUAUUUAUAAAAAUAUGAUACAUGUCAAAAAUGCUAACACUAUAGUAUAUGUUAUGAUACUUAUUUAAUUACCAAGUUAAGUGGUAUAUGUAGGCGUUAAAAAAAUCAAUAACAUGAUACCAGUUUUUAUAAUUCAGUAUUAGUUAUUAAUCCAAUAUAUAAUUUAUCAUGUAACAAAUAAGUUAGUUACUAAAAUAUAAGUUAACGAGUAAAACAACACAUAUAGCAUGUAACAAUAGUUAUGGUACAUUGUUAAUAAUUAAUGUAUCAUUUCAAAAUUUAUAGUAGCUGUUAACAUAGGUAUUAGCUGAAACUUUUCUUGUAACACAUAUAAUAAAUAUACAUAUUUACAUAGAUAUAUUAUUCUUUUCUAUACGGUAAUAAAUAUAUUAGUUGUUAAGCCUCAUGUUAUUUUUCAUUAGAACAUAAAUCAUAUUUUGAUGUAGUGAUUUGUUAUAGGCAAUUUAUGAAUGUAACACAUUAAACUUUACUAUUAUACCAUUAACAGUUUUAAUAACGAUAAUCUAACUAUUUUAUAUUAGUUGGUAUCAAACUCAAACUCAAGUCAUUGAAUUGGUUCACUUGUCUAAGGUUGUAUUUUUUUGAAAAUAACUAUAAAAUGAGAUGAGAUGAAAGAAAAGUAGGAGAGGAAAGAAAAAUAGGAGAAAAAGUGAAAAAAUAGUUAAGAAAAAAAAAUGAAAAAGAAUUAGGAAAUAUAAAAAAAAUUGACUAAAAAUGAGAUGACAAAAAGCUAAAGAAUAACUUGUGUGUUUCGGGGAAUGAAUCACAAAACAAACAUGUACAUAUAGGUUUCAGAGGAACUGACACUACUGACCUAUGGAUGGACAUGCAGGAAGGAUAAAAUCGUCAUACAAAUAUUAAUGUCCAUUCAUGUGUAUAGAGCUAAUUAGUAACCCGAUUAUGACAAAAGCCAAUUAACUCUAGAGUAAAUAGGCUUACGAGUUGCAUUGAACAUAAAGAUACUCGCACGUUAAUUUUACGCUAGUGAACACCUGCAAUGAUCUGGGCCUGGCUUUCGAGUUUAAGUGGGGACUACUAUGCAAUUUCAGAGUUUCAGUAUUCGAAUGACGAAAUAUACAGUGUUUGAAUAAUUAUAUUCGAUGAAAACUACUACUAGCAAAUAGCAAAACUCGUGAUGAAAUAAUAAUAUUCGAUGAUAUACAGUGUUUCUGAAGUGUUGUCUGAUCAUAUAUUUAUUGUGGUCAUCAUAAGCAAACAAAAAAAGUUUUACAACGGAAUGAAUAAUUGUGGUCAAGUUACAAAAAAAAAAUAAUUGUGGUCAUGCUUAAGAUAAUAUAUAAUCUACGAAUGUCAAGAUAGUCGACUGGAGUAGGCUUUUAAUACACAGUCUUUCCACGACUAGAUUUUUCUACUUAUCCUGAUACUGAAAACUGGCGGCGGAUGACAGGCUUAUCAUUCUUUUGACGUAUUGAAGAAGAUUGAUUUCAUAACCACUGAAUAAGAAAAAUACAAUAAAGUACUAUAUAUUUAAACAAAGUUUUUGUUUUGAUUUUUUUUUGGUCGCUUUCAAAAAUCAGUAGGUACCAAACAUGCGAUGCCAAGCUCUGCACGCCAAACACUUCCGUAUUGAGAAAAGAGACUUCGUACCAAAAAAAAUUGUUUGCUAGUAACCUUAAGAUAAUAAUUGAUAUAUUAUGGUUUUUACCAGUUUUUAAUCAUAGUAUAAAUCUUAUUUAGAGUUUUUAUAUUAUGUUCCGAAUCUAUUUUAAAGUUUUUUUAGAUCUAGAUAUAUUUUAGAGUAUUAUGAAAUUAUAAAACUAAAGAUGACGAAACUCGUAUCUAUGCAUGAAAAUAAAAGCCAGAGCCGAGAUUUUGAAAAAAUGUUGAUCGACAUCUUUUUGGUGUCGCUUGACACCGACGCGAUUAUGUGGGCAGACUCGGAAUCAAGUUUGGGUCAAAAAAUUCUACAAAUUAUAAAAUUAUCAUUGGGCCACUUUUAGACCUAUUUAUAGUUUUUACUUUUAGACUAAACUUUUUAGAAUUUUUAGAGAGUUUUUGAAGAAAAGAUCAGAAGACUCUUUGAGAAAUUUGAUUGACACUCCAAUGUUUCGAUCUCUACUUUCUAAUGCAAUUCAUUGGAUCCUUCACAUGAUUGUUUUUAUUAUUUGUAUUAUAAAAUAGCUAACUAAAAAUAUGAUCAUAGAAUAAUCGACAACUACGAGAGUGGGUUCAACUCUUGAAUAUAAUUCUGUUGAGCUAGGUUAAUAAAUACAGUGAGGGUUGGUUUAGAAAACUAGUGACAUAUUGAACUGAACAUUAAUGCUUAUCUUGAAUAAUUGAAUUCAAAUACGAGAGUUGGAAUAAUAGGAUUUAGACAUCUGAUUGGACUCGUAGCGAAAGCUGGAUAUCUAACUAAUUGAAUUCGAGUUAUAAGACGGUUCGUAUCACACCCUUAAUAUCUAUAGAUUUGAGUUCUGAUUGGUUAUUUGAAUUCCCAAAGUGUUGACGCUUUUUCCUUAUAUCUCACAACCGAUUUUAUGUCUUUUAAUAUUGUUACAUAAUUUCAAUUUUAAAGUUUAUUGUGUGAUCCACGCUUCAUAUGGAUUCGAUUUUUAAAUACUGCAAUCAAUCUCUUAUUUGAACAAGUUGUUAUAGGAUAAUUUGAGCACAUCAAUAUUUUAUGUGUAAUUGUAUUUAAGCUGAAGUUCAUAUGCUUUGUCUUUUAUCGAAACCCUCACACCUGUUGUCCAUUUCCUUUUACAAGCCAUAUCGUAAUGAUGUGCCUUGCAGUUUUUUUGUUUUAACUAAAAUUAAAAAUUAAGGCAAUAUCUUGACAAUCUUCUUACAAUGGAUAUGUUAAAAAUAAAAACAGUUAGGUGUUUUAUCCGCAUAUGCAUGCAUAAUCUAUCUUACAAAUAAUUAUUAAUAUUUAAAUAACAUGAUAAAUUAUUCUGUAUAUUCUUAAUCAUUUAAAAAAAUUUCAAUUUUUUAUUUUCAUCUCAGUUUAUUCAUCUUAACACAAAGGAAAGCUAAAAAGCUAUGAAACCAUGAGCCAUAACAACAUAUCAAAUAUUUCACACAAUAAAAUAAAGUAAGAAUGUGAAUUUUGGGUCUCUCUUAAUCUACUUUACAUUUUUAAACCAGAGAUGUAGUGUCUAAAACUUUUAAACACACAAAAUCCAUGUAAGAACAAAAUGAAUAAAAAGUAAAUAAAAAUAAAAUUUAAUGAUAAUUUAGAAGAAAUUUUUUUUUCUUAAAACAAAUUGAGAUAAUGAUAAUAUUUCAUUGGUUACUAAUAAAUAUAUUGACCUAUCUUAAUAUUUCUAGAUCUAGAGAGAGAAGGGAGAAACCAAGCUUUGAUGUUGUUGAUAUAUAUAGCCCUUCAUGCAAGCAACUCGAACCAUCUGCACAAAAUGAUUGAACCACUGGAAAGAGAACAUUUAUAUCAGCGAAAGUGAUGAAAAGAAUGCAAGCAAUUAAAACAAUCAGGACACACUAUAUAUACCUAUAGGAUGAAAAAACUAUAACCGAGACAACUUGGAAUGAAUGAGAAAAAAGAAACUUAUAGAAUUUAAAACCUCUUACAUCACAUGACAAAGGACAAAAUAAGAAUUGGUCUUAACUCGUAAAAUUAAAAAAAUGUCUAAUUAUGAAAUUUGUAAUAGUUAUAUUAUUUAAACUAAUAAAUUAGUGACUCAAACUAAAAACUAAUAAAAACAUGACAAAUAAGCAAAAUUAUCUAAAAUGGAGAACUAACAAAUAAGCAAAAUCACUAAUAAUUUCUAAUUAUAAAAUUUAUAAUAGUAAUAUUAUUUAAACUAAUAAAUUAGUGUCUCAAACUAAAAACUAAUCAAAACGUGACAAAUAAACAAAAUUAGCUAAAAUCAUGGAGAACCUGACACAUAAGCAAAAUUACUUCUCAAAUAAUAGUAUAGAUAGAUAAUCUACCAUGAUAUCACAUGUUUCAAGAAAAAAUUCUACCAGAAUAUCACCUCAUAAAACAUCUUUAAUCCUUUUCUCUUUUUAAAAAAAAAUAGAAUUUAGAAUAAAAUGUUAUAAGUAAUACUUUAUUUUUUAUUUUAUAAUAGAAUAAAAAUGAGUUUAAUCUAUAAAUAGAGUAAUAUAUUUAUUUUUUGUUUAUUACUCUAUUUUCUAUUUUAAAAUAUAGUAUUAUCAAAAUAUUAUAAAAUUACUCUAUUUUGAAAAAUAAAAUAAAAAUAUUAAACCAUGAUAACAACUCAUAUUAAAGGAUGAUAUCAAUUCAAUCCACACAUAUGAUAUAUAUCAUACUUACUAUUCAAUGUAUUUGUUGCAGAAUAAUCACUAUUCAACCUGUUAUUGCAGAACACAGUUAAAUUUUGGAAUAUAGAAUAUCAAUUAUGUAAUUUAGUACCUAGUUAGCAUUCACGUGUAACUAAAACUCGAAUCAAUAAUUGCAUUUUCAUCAAAAAAAAAUUUAAUUGCAUUUAAAAUAAAUUUAAGGAUACACAAUUUUUGUUUUAAAAUAAAUUUAAGGAGUAAUUGGGAAGAUGGGCCAACCAAAUGGGCCCAUAGACAAACUCCAAAUUUUUAAGACAUCAGGUAGAAAAGACAACUUGAGUUUAUUUUGUUCAAAUAAUGCAACUUGUAAUUAUGUUGUCUGUUUGCAUGUUUGUAGUUAGUUACAUAAAAAGAGAAGAAAAGAUCAAUGCUAAAAAAGUAAAUAUAUGAAUAAAUAUAUAUAAGAUAGUUUCAAUACUAUUGAAAGCAUGAUAAUUGCGUUGGAGAUGUUUACUCGUCAACUCAUAUUUUGAAUUUCAAAUAAUGAAAAGUUGAAAAAUGGAUAGUGUGGAUAUUAGUAUUAUACUUAUGCCAGAUAAACGAUUACACAGGGGUUUAAUAUUGGUUUGAAACAUUUGCACUCUCUUGCAUUAAAUAAUAAAAUUUUCAGAAAAAUGAUUAUUCGAGAUGAAGCAUAGACAUGCAUUCCUCCACUUCCGACUUUAGUUAUUUAGUAGUUUUUAAUCUUAAUGUUAUAAAUUAUUUUAUCUUAGUUAAUACUAUAAAUAAUUUAUAAAUAUAGGUCGAUGUUUUUUUCAGUUUUUAGGUCUUACAAAUCAAUUAUUGAGGGUACGUAUAUAUGUCUAUUGAGUAUGUUAUCAUAUGUUGUUGACCAUUAAUGCAUGCUAGAACUUAAAAUAUUCUUGAAAAACCUUUAUAAAAUAAAGAAAUUACAAUAUUCUCAUUUUUCUUUUCCUUCUUAUUGUAAAAGUAACUCGUUGUCGUAGCUAAAUAUUCUUUUUUUUUUUUUUGUCGUAGCUAAAUAUUCAAACCUAAAAUAGAUGCAUUUAAAAAUUUUAGGGCGAAGUGCUAUUUGUUUCCGGGAAUCUAUAGACCAGUGAUUAUCUCUCUGCAGGAUAAUUAAUUUAUGUGGAGUUGUUAGCGACUUCAAAGUUUGAAAUUAAAUGAAAUUAAACAUUUGAGUUAAAAUGCUGUCUGAAAUUUUUACAUGCGGGGCUGUAAUUAAGAAACAAAGAUAAUUAAAUGAAUAGAUGUGUGAUAAUUGUAUAUAUUGCUAUAGAAUUAGAGAUGAAAUAUACCAAAUGAAUAGAUGUUGGUACAUAUACUAAUCUUUGCUUGGAGUAUUAUCUGAUGUGACCAAUCCAACAAGAAACCAUGUGAUUAGUGGCGUAUAUAAUUCAUGAAUAUAAGAAAGGGAAAGGGAAAGGGAUAAGGUCAGAUAUAUAAAUUCAAUAACAUCCUCACAUAUAUGAUUAUCGAUAAAGACACGUGGCUGCUUCCACAUUUCUUUUAUGCGACGAAACAUGUAUGGUAUUGGAUGUGUUAUUGUCGACUUGCCGUAAUCAAACUAGUUUUUCUUUUUUUUUUAACUACUGAGCAUGUCUAUUUCUAUGAUUGAUUAAGUAGUCUGAUAUUCUUAUUUAUAUCCAUAAUGAUACAACUAAGUACACAUUGCUAUCAUCUAGAAUUCAAAUUUCAAAGUAACGAAAAGAAACCGAUUUCAAAUUUGCCUUUAUGAGUAAAGUCAAUACAAAAUAAAACAUUGAUAUUGACGCCGCAUCGCAAAGUCGGGGUCAAUAUGUUGAUACAUAAAGUUCUUGAACAUAUUUUAGAAGUAUGGUAUAUUUUUGCAGACUUAUUCAAACUCGAAUAUUUGGAACAAAAUUAAACUGCCAAGUGCUAACGUUAUACUCCCUCUAUUUUUUGUAUGUAGGUACUAGGUAGUUUUAGUUGAAUGCACACAGAUUAAAAAAUGUAUUAUUUAUUUUUAAAAUAUCAUUUGAUAUAUACAUCAAGUAUAGUUAAACCAAUCAUAAAUAAAUCUAUAUUUUACGUAACAAUAAAAGUAGAAGUUACAUGGAAUAAUAAAAGAAACUUAUAUUUUGAAACAAACAAUUUUUUUUUAAUCUACUUAUAAUGUGAAACACAGGGAGUGGAAAUUAAUAAGAAUCCAGAUAACAAUGUAGCAUUUUAAAAUGCAGAAAACAAUUAAAUAGAAUUAUUGCAUUGUCGGAUACUAGGAGCAGAGACCAUAAAUGUGUUAUGGUAUAGUAUGGUACCAAUGUUAUGGUAGUAUGGUACCAAUGCAAUUGAUGUUUUCUGGAUCACGACAUUGGGUCAUUAGUUUAGUCGCUAUGUUUUGGGGAAUGUCAAGCUGAGCGCCGAACAUAAUCUUCUUCUUCAUCCUUCUCCCCUUUUUUUAUUUUUAUUUUCGUGGGCAAUUAAGAACAUCUCCAUAAAGGAAAUCUAUUUUAAAGUUUCUAAAAUUCUAUAUUUGAAGUUUAAAGAUGUUAUUUUCCAAAAGCAAAAUUUCAAACUCAAUUUCAAAACUACUUAUAUUCUAUAAUAUAGUCCUUAUAUUUGUCAUAACUAAUUUGAAUUCAUAACACUUUUAUAAAUAAUUAGCACAUAUAUAAACAUAUCACAACAAUAUUAAUUAAUAAAUAUUCUAUUAAAAAAAUAGCUUAAUUAAUAUUAAACUUCAAA